AUGGGCGGAGACGUCGAGUACCGAGGGCAGCUCAGUGCUUGGCUGCAAAAGAGGAAAAGUGGUGCGUCGGCAUUCAGGAUACGAGAGUACAACAAACGCUACUUCACCCUGGACUUCGAUACGCACACCUUCUUCUAUGCCCACUCUGAGGGCAGCUCCAAGGUGUCGGCUGUGACGCCCUUUGCCGACAUAGUGGAUGUGCGGAUGCCCGAGGCCGAUCUCAAAGGAGACAACAUCUCCGAGUUCAGCAAAAGUAGCAGGCGCUCCUUCCUCCAACGGACGACGAGCUUCCUGAAGGCCACAAAGGAGGCCGAGGAGCAGCACAUGCUCAUGGUCAUGACCCGCCCGGCGAAAACCAUGGAGCUAAUGUGCGCAUCGGCGACCGAGGCUUUGACCUGGUUCGAGGCAUUGAAGACGGCCAUCGCUAUGGACCGGGAGCAGGCGACAGAGGCCGGGCACACCACUGCCAGCGCCUCUGAGAGCGAGGAGAAGCCGCCGCCAGCCCCGCCCCUACGUGGCGGGUAUCCAACUCCGACCCCGGUGCCUGCUGGCCGAGGCGUGCCUGAAGCACCAAUCGUCAGUCCGGCGAGGGAAGAGAUGGAGGCUGGAGACAUCUCCCCGCCGCCGGCACGAGGGACCUUUCUCGACCUGAGCGUGGAGGCGCCCUCCGAACUGGUGGCGACGCCCCAGCGAGGCGACCCAGUGGCUGACGGCACCACCGUCGUCGAGGCAGCUGGACCGGUGGUGCUGCAGGCCGCCGACUUCGGCUUUGCGGAGGAGGAGGACUCGGCGAGUGCCUCGUCGGGAGCUUCCACACCGCGGGACACCGGUGCCGUUGUGGCGGCUGACGCGCCCUCCCCUGCUGCUCAUGGUGGUCGGCGUCCUUCGGGGACCUAUGGUGACCGCCACGAGGGCAUGUCCAUGAAGGAGCGGCUCGACAGCCUGGAGUUCUCUGAUGAGGAGGAGGAUGACGAUGACCCACUUGGCCUCAAGAAGUAG